AUGGGGAAGCCAAAGAAGAAGAGUGACCUCAGUCGAGCUGAACUAAUGAUGAUAACAAUCGCCGAUGUCAUCAAACAGCUGGUUGAAGCUCACGAAGAGGGAAAAGACAUCAACCUUAACAAAGUAAAAACAAAGACUUCUGCCAAAUACGGCCUGGAGUUCCAGCCUCGUUUGGUAGAUAUUAUAGCUGCUGUUCCUCCACAAUACCGCCGUGCUCUGGUACCCAAGCUAAAGGCCAAACCAAUUCGCACUGCCAGUGGGAUUGCAGUGGUCGCUGUGAUGUGCAAACCACAUCGAUGUCCCCACAUCAGUUUCACCGGCAACAUAUGUGUAUACUGCCCUGGGGGUCCGGACUCAGACUUUGAAUACUCCACGCAAUCUUACACUGGCUAUGAACCAACAUCAAUGAGAGCCAUCCGAGCUCGAUACGAUCCUUUCCUUCAAACCAGGCACCGUGUGGAGCAGCUAAAGCAGCUCGGCCACAGUGUUGACAAGGUGGAAUUCAUUGUGAUGGGUGGGACCUUUAUGGCGCUGUCCGAAGACUACAGAGAUUAUUUCAUUCGGAAUCUCCACGAUGCUUUGUCAGGACAUACUUCAAACAACGUAGCAGAGGCUGUAAGGUACUCUGAGCGCAGUAACACCAAAUGUGUAGGAAUCACUAUUGAGACGCGUCCUGAUUACUGCUUGAAGAGACAUCUGAGUGACAUGCUGGGCUACGGCUGCACACGACUGGAGAUCGGUGUCCAGAGUGUGUAUGAAGACGUGGCUAGAGACACGAACAGAGGCCAUACAGUUCGAGCCGUGUGCGAGUCUUUCCACCUUGCGAAAGAUGCUGGAUUUAAAGUGGUGGCCCACAUGAUGCCAGACCUGCCAAAUGUCGGGAUCGAGAGAGAUGUGGAACAGUUUAUUGAGUUUUUUGAAAAUCCAGCAUUCAGGCCGGAUGGUUUAAAGCUAUACCCAACUCUGGUUAUCCGGGGCACGGGCCUAUAUGAGCUAUGGAAGACUGGUCGCUACAAGAGCUACACACCCAGUACCCUGGUCGACCUGGUGGCCCGCAUUCUGGCACUGGUGCCACCCUGGACACGGGUUUAUCGUGUGCAGAGGGACAUCCCCAUGCCAUUGGUGAGCUCAGGAGUGGAGCACGGAAACCUACGUGAGCUGGCACUUGCAAGGAUGAAGGACAUGGGCACUGAGUGUCGAGAUGUGAGAACCAGAGAAGUGGGCAUUCAGGAGAUCCACCACAAAGUUCGGCCUUAUCAGGUGGAGUUAGUGCGGAGGGACUACGUGGCCAACGGUAGCUGGGAGACCUUCCUCUCCUACGAGGAUCCUGAGCAGGACAUCCUGAUCGGACUUCUGCGUCUACGUCGCUGCUCUCCGCAGUCAUUCCGCCCGGAGCUGAAAGGGGGCGUGUCCAUCGUCCGUGAGCUGCACGUAUACGGCAGCGUGGUCCCCGUCAGCAGCCGGGACCCCAGCAAGUUCCAACAUCAGGGAUUUGGGAUGAUGUUGAUGGAAGAAGCGGAGAGAAUGGCUGCCGAAGAACAUGGCUCCGACAAAUUGGCGGUCAUCUCAGGUGUAGGAACAAGGAACUACUACAGGAAGAUGGGCUAUGAGUUGGAAGGACCUUACAUGGUUAAACAUUUACAUGGACCCCAAAUGGAUUAA